GUUACGAGCCCGCUAUCUUCGAUAGGGAAGCUGCGUGGGCUGGGCGCGCGUGUCCACGCUCUCGCCGAAAGCUUGUUGGACGGGCAUCCGACGGCUCCUUUAUCAUGGGACGGCGCCGCUGCUCUGGGUCUGAACCUGCCUGCUAUCGCUGCGACGUCACGACUGUUGCUGCUCUGCAUCUGCGGUUUGCGGAAGCUAGGGAUCCCGUCGUUGUGCUUGAGAAGAACCUUGGAACUUGUAGGACGGGUUGGUUCUAGAUCUUGAAGGAACUCGAUUUUGGCAGUAUCGAGAGUAGGAUAUCGGCAAGAUGAAGAGAAGUCUGUCAAUCACGAAUCGCCGGGGCUCCGUCGACCCCAGCGCGGACGCGCAGCUGGCGAAGAUGGGCUACAAGAGCGAGCUUCCCCGGAACCUAAGCAUGCUCUCAGUGCUUGGGCUGUCCUUCGCGAUUAUGGCAGUCCCGUUUGGGCUGUCAACCACAAUGUAUAUCACACUCACAGACGGGCAGAGCGUCACUAUCCUCUGGGGAUGGGUUCUUGUCAGCUUGAUCUCUCUGAGUAUCGCCGCCUCGCUAGCGGAAAUCUGCGCCGUUUAUCCCACGGCCGGCGGCGUCUACUACUGGUCUGCUAUGCUCAGUACGCGUAAAUACGCACCCGUCGCCAGCUGGAUAACCGGGUGGUUUACACUCGUGGGCAACUGGACUGUCACGCUGUCGAUCAACUUCUCUGGCGGACAGUUGAUCCUCUCCGCCAUCAGUCUCUGGAACGAAGACUUCGUGCCGAAUCAAUGGCAGACUAUCCUUAUGUUCUGGGCUGUGAUGCUUGUCUGCAUGUCCGUCAAUAUCUUUGGAGCCAAGUAUCUGGAUUUGAUCAACAAGGUCUGCAUCUAUUGGACGGCGAGCAGUGUGGUUAUUAUUUUGGUGACUCUGUUGAGCAUGGCGGACACGAAGAGGAACGGGGCGUUCGUGUUUGGGCAUUAUGAUGCGAGUGCUAGCGGUUGGCCAUCCGGAUGGGCGUUCUUCGUCGGAUUGCUACAAGCCGCGUAUACGCUGACUGGUUAUGGUAUGGUGGCGGCCAUGUGCGAGGAAGUCCAGAGCCCGGAGCGCGAGGUCCCGAAGGCGAUUGUGCUCUCCGUCGCUGCAGCCGGUGUGACAGGCGUUAUUUACCUCAUCCCAAUCCUCUUCGUCCUUCCGGAUGUCCAAAUACUCCUCGAGGUGGCAAACGGGCAACCUAUCGGCCUCCUCUUCAAGACCGUAACCGGCUCGGCGGGUGGCGGCUUCGGUCUUCUCUUCCUUAUCCUCGGCAUCCUCUUCUUCGCGGGCGUCGGUGCCCUAACCGCUGCGUCUCGCUGCACCUACGCCUUCGCCCGCGACGGUGCCAUCCCCGGAUCCCGUAUUUGGAAGCGAAUCAACAAGCGCUACGGCAUGCCACUCUGGGCACUCGUACUCUCCACCGUCGUAGACUGCCUCCUCGGCCUCAUCUAUUUUGGCUCAUCCGCAGCAUUCAACUCCUUCACCGGCGUCGCGACCAUCUGCCUCUCCGUCUCCUAUGGAAUGCCGAUCCUAAUCUCCGUCUUGCGCGGCCGUAGAGCCGUCAAGCACUCGGGAUUCUCGCUUGGCCGCUUCGGCUAUGCUAUCAAUAUCGCUAUGAUACUCUGGAUCUGUCUCGCGGUCGUACUCUUUUGCAUGCCUGUGAGCUUGCCAGUGGAGCCGGCCACGAUGAACUAUGCGUCUGUGGUGUUUGCAGGAUUCGCGACGAUCAGCGUGGUAUGGUAUUUUAUACGAGGGAGGAAGGAUUUCACGGGCCCGCCGGUGCCGCAGGAUGUCGAGCCGGGGGAGGAGGUGGGCGUGGUGGAGGUCGAGAGGGUGCGGGACUUGGAGGGGAAGCCCGUGGCAGGAGAGGAGACGGAUAUGGCGGAUAAGGCGGAGGGAGAGAAGUUGUAGGCGAAUUGAGGGGUCUUUCUGCUACGCAUGGGCUUUGGAUACUAGAGACUUGAUGCUCAUAGAUCGACUUGCGAUAGCCGUCCGGGGCGACUACAGCAGGGUAUGACCUGGCUAUACGAAGUUCCGGCGCGGUUCUUACCCCUAAAGCCCUUAGGCAUGAUACAAAAUGUGCCCAGCGACAGCCAGCCAGAAUAAUCUUAGCCAAUGGGCAGCC